CAUUGCGCAUGCGUACCAGUCGCAUUUUUGGCAGAACCCGGAAGCAGUUUGUUUGUGGCAACGCGCGUCUUUCGAGUCUUUGCCUUCGACGAUCAUUUACAGCUCAAACUUCACACAAAAUCACUCAAAAACGGGUUGUGAAGGGAUUUGUACUUGAGAGAAAGGAAAACCAUGCCAAAUGAAAAGGUGCUGUGUUACCAUCCUGAGGACCGAUGGAUGUCGUGUACGCUGUGUCGCACAGCGCGCCGUGGUGCCAGUACGCUGAACAGGGCACUACAGAGGAAGAUUGACUGGCCAAAGCCUAAAGCCCCAGCUGUAGGAAGUCCCAUACAGGAUCCUCUCCACUUUACGACUAUUGAUGAUGCCUUCUCCAGUGUGCUACAGUACAUGACUACCACCACCAGGCAGUGUAGGAGAUACUAUCACAGCUGCCCUCCUGUCUCGAAGAACCCCGAGGACUGCCUCCACUGCAACAAGUUCCACACUCCACAGUACACAGAAGUACAGAGAGCUAACCCGUUGAGCAGAGCAGAGGAUGUCCAUGUGGUGGUGGCGCCCGGUACGUACUCCGUGACGGCAGGUGAAUGGGGAACACAGCGCCAGCAGACACACGUGGUACAUGUAGAUAAGGGACAGAGCGCUAACAUCACCUUCACCAUGUAGUCUACUAUUAUCAUCUUCAUUAACAACAGCAUUCAGUUAAUCAUGCUAAAUUUUAAAUAGUGUAGUGGUGCUUUGCUAUCAUUUGCAAUGUCUGAACAAUGAAAAAUGAUGAAAUACCAUUCAAAACUGACCAAAAAAUCCUUCAAAUUACAUGUAAUGUUAACAGAGUGCCAACUUUUAACUCUACAUUGUCAAAAUCGCACCCUGUAGGGACCAAGAUCCCCCUUCCACACCAAUCUCCUGAUUGGUACCCAAUAUCCUCAUCGCUACCAUGCCAUUCGCACUACACUAGAAAUGAUGUCCUGGCUAGAACCCUGAUUUUUAUUUUGGAAGGAAGUUUGUUUUAUGCCUGCUGACAAGGUCUCAUUAUAAGAUGGGAACAAAAGGUCCCAUUCUUUUCAUUUUAUUAUAAUAUCAAAGUCAUUAAAGAGUGCAAUGAACAGCAAUGCUUAGAAUGUCAUCACAAAUGGCUUUGUGGAUUCUUAUCUGUGUGUAUCAGAAAUUGUAAGUCUUGGUUUUUAACAGUUAAAGACUGGAAUGAGUUGGUAUAUUCUUAACGUUGUUGCUAGUGUUUGAGUUAUCAGUUGUUCAAGUGUACCUGUACUGUAGGUUAGUGCAAGGACAUUCAUGUCAAAUCUGUGUCUCACGAAUCAGGCUCUGUUGAUACUGUUAUGUGGAUGACAUACUGUAAAUUGUACAAAGUAGCUGCAGAAUGAGAAGACUUUUGGUGUUAAUUUUUUUAAAGUAUUAAAAAAUGGAUAUUAACUUAAGGAGUGCCAAAGUCAAUUCAAAAGUAAACGUUUUCUUUGCUCGCAUCAGUUUGAGAGCCCAGAGGAUGUCAUCCAUGUGAUUGAAUCAACAUGACCUUACUAACAUUGCCUUGUUGUUGUCAAUGCUAACUUCUGUAUUAAAUACUGCAUUUGUACAUAUCU